CAUCUAGUACUUGUUUGAAUUUAGUCAGUUUCUUCUGUAAAAAUGUAUUUUUUAGAAACAUACAUAAAUUGAAAAUUUAAUUAUCCAAAAUAAUAAAUAGCAAUAAAGCAGAUUGCAAUUUAAUAAGUAUGGCAACUAUGGGGAAAUCCAAGGAAUGGUCACGGGCCAUCAUUUGUAAGCCAAAGGAUAGUCUAACGACUGAAGCUGGUUUAAGGGCACAGCGGAAUGUAAUGGUACCCACUAUAGAGAAAGAAUGCACACCAAACUCAAUGUCAAUGAUUAUUGGAGGGGAAUAUGCAAGGAUGUGGCUCCGUGAUCGUGAUGAAUUUCAAGCGAAAAACAUAAAUAACAGUAAGGCUAAGGUUAUAAAGAACGAUUUUGAAUGGUGGCUGAAGCUUCGCAAGACCAACAAAUGUUUCUGCUCCAUCUAAAAGCCGCAACUUUAAAAAUCUUCCCUCUUUCGUUAAGGCUUUAUCUAUAAUAUCGUAUCGAAAUGAGAACUUCACGAGCAACCAAAAGCUUUUGGCAUUAAACGAGUUUAGCAAUGACACGCACCGCAAGCUUUUGGUCAUUGGAAGCUUAUUUUAUAGCUGUCUGGCUGGAGACUCAAUGGUUUACCUCAAAUGGCACUUGAUUAAUGCGCAAUUUCUUCAAUAAACAAUAUUGCUAAGGAAUUGUUUAUGCAAAUUCAAAGUUCAGCAAACCCAAACAGAUUGUCUUGAAAUAAGUACAUAUUAAACACAAGGUUAAUUAUUAUAUUU